AUGUUCCAGAAAGAGUUUCGCAAAAAGAUGCCCAAGGUUUUAUCGAACGCCUUUUAUGACGAGUUGAUGUUUAUAAUUAUACCAAUUAGAGAUCUCGAAACAAUAACUGGUAGCCUCACAGACAAUCACAGCUGCACUGAAUUUUUAGAGGCCUCCGAACCUCUUGCGCACCCAGCAUCUUUUCCCAACAUUCAACUCAGACCAUGUUUAUGCUUCGGUUUUCGUUGUUCAUUCUGCUGCUGCCAGGAGUUGCAUGACCGCAUACUUCUUUUGUUUCGUUCCCAGCUAAGAUUUAUUCAAGCUAAAAAGUGCAGAAGAAAUGCUAGGAUUAAAAGGAAGACGAAAGAGGAAAUAAUGGUAAACCUGGUGUUGUGGUCUGAUGAUGCUGAUGAUGAAAUGGCGACGAUGCAGCAGUACAUUUCUCAAGAUAAUAACAUCCGUUGCAUAAAACCAUGGGAAGAUGGAGAGAAUUUUUUACAGUGGGGUCACGAAAUGAAACAAAAAAUAAAUAAUAACACGAAAUCUAUGGGAAAAAGGCACAUGUGCAUGGUACAAAAUGAUAAAAAAACAUAA